GUCCCCGCCCUUGCCUAGGGGCUCUUCCUGAGUCCAGCGCGUUGACACGGAUUUCCGCAAGCAUGGUUGCCCUGGGGUCUGUGUAUGGCCUGCUGCUGCUCUUAAUCGUUCGAGCCAGCAGAAGUGCAGGUGUUGGUUUUCGCUUUGCCUCAUACAUCGAUAACUACAUGGUGCUGCAGAAGGAGCCUUCCGGGGCGGUGAUCUGGGGCUUUGGUAUACCUGGAGCCACAGUGACGGUGACCUUGUGCCAUGGUCAGGAAACCAUCAUGAAGAAAGUGACCAGUGUGAAAGCACACUCCAACACUUGGAUGGUGGUGCUGGAUCCCAUGAAGCCCGGGGGACCCUUUGAAGUGAUGGCACAGCAGACUCUGGGGAUAACGAAUCUCACCCUGAGGGUUCACGAUGUCUUAUUUGGAGAUGUCUGGCUGUGCAGUGGGCAGAGUAACAUGCAGAUGACUGUGUUACAGAUCUUUAAUGCCUCGAAGGAGUUGUCUGACACUGCUGCCUACCAGUCUGUGCGCAUCUUCUCUGUCUCCCUCGUCCAGGCAGAGGAGGAACUGGAGGACCUUGAUGCGGUUGACCUGUCGUGGUCCAAGCCCACUGCAGGAAACUUGGGCCAUGGAGAUUUCACUUACAUGUCAGCAGUGUGCUGGCUCUUUGGGCGUUACCUGUAUGACACUCUGCAAUAUCCCAUUGGACUGGUCUCCUCCAGUUGGGGUGGGACAUCCAUUGAAGUCUGGUCAUCUAGAAGGUCACUGGAAGCCUGUGGAGUCCCUGAUACAUGGAAUGCAAGAGUUCUUCAGCCCGAGAUAAAGCCCACAAAGAGGGAGUGUGUGAGUGAGGGACCCUUGUGUCCUCUGAGGAGGUUCUCCCGGGCUGCUUUAGUGGCCGGACCCUCAACGCACUCUGUCCUCUGGAAUGCCAUGAUCCAUCCACUGCAAAACAUGACUUUGAAAGGGGCGGUGUGGUACCAGGGGGAGUCCAAUGCAAAUUAUAACAGAGAUCUGUACUCGUGCAUGUUUCCUGCACUCAUUGACGACUGGCGCCGGACCUUCCACUAUGGCUCCCAGGGGCAGACAGAGCGUUUCUUUCCGUUUGGAUUUGUCCAGUUGUCUUCAUAUACCUUGUUGAACACAUCAGAUUAUGAAUUUCCUGAGAUCCGCUGGCAUCAAACAGCAGACUUUGGCUUUGUCCCCAACCUGAAGAUGCCCAAUACUUUCAUGGCUGUUGCUAUGGAUCUCUGUGAUCGGGACUCACCUUUUGGCAGCAUCCACCCUCGAGAUAAACAGACUGUGGCCUAUCGACUGUACUUGGGGGCUCGAGCUGUGGCUUAUGGUGAGAAAAAUUUGAUCUUUCAAGGACCACUACCUAAGAAGAUAGAACUCUUGGCUCACAAUGGGCUGCUUAACCUCACAUAUGACCAGGAAAUCAAGGUGCACAGUCAAGAUAACAAGACAUUUGAGAUCUCCUGUUGCAGUGACUAUCAGUGCAAAUGGCUUCCAGCUCCUGUGAACACUUUCUCCACCCAGACCCUGAUCUUGGGUAUCAAUGCUUGUCUUGGCACCGUGGUUGCUGUCCGCUAUGCCUGGACCACAUGGCCCUGUGAAUAUAAGCAGUGUGCCAUUUACCACCCUAGCAGUACCUUGCCAGCUCCUCCCUUCACUGCUCUUAUUAAACACUAGGUUUCUGGACUUAGGGCAGGGUAUCAAAGAACAUUUGACGCCUCUUAAAUACAAGGGCAUUUAGGAGUUUAAAUGACGACAGCUAUGGCUUUUAAGGGCAAUUAUCAGAAGCCUCAUUGAAUAGCUCCAGCUACCAUAUGGCUCUUCCCAUAUUCUGAGAUGAGCAUUGACCAACAGACAGUUGAAAUACUUAUCUUUGUCUUCUUGUUAGCUCAAGCCUCUAGGCUGAUCCAAUUCUUGACUGCAAUAUUGGGUCUUACCACCACCUACCUCCCUGAUACAGGGAGUGAAAUGCCCAUUUCUGCUCCUUCAUCCAAAACUGAGAACCCCAGGCCUGCGAGAGAUGCUGAAGGCCGCAGAGGCUGGUGCUUUGUGUGUUCUUUCCAAACCCCUGAAAAUGGCUAGGGAUGCUAAGAAGUUCCCCCCUGUGGAACAGCUGUCUUUUGUCAAGCGUUACUACCUCAUGACUAAUCUCUCAGGUAACCUUAGACCAUGUAUUUGUAUCCUCAUUAAACUCCCAAAACUAUCAGUAUUCAGCACAAAUAUUAUUCUAAAAUGAAUCUUUGAGACAUAUCAGUCCUAUGUUUAGGCAUAAUGGCAGGUACUAAGGACAGGCCUUAAGGAAUAGAGAGAGGGCCCAAAGGGUGGAGAAAUCACAGGCAUAGGGACACAUGAAGGUAGAUGUACUUGGGGCAAAUAGGUCCUUAAAAAUAAGUCUCAGGUCCCAGAGAGCUAGAAGUUGAGCUAAGGCUAAAGAAAAAAGAGUUUAGGUGAAAGAAAAGCCACAUGAUAAGAAUGAGUGCAGGCAAGGCAAAGGUGAUGGUGCAGUCUACCAGCUGGUUAAAGACAGCUGGCAGCUCUGACAAUUACAUCUAAUAGAAAUUGGCAAUAAGCCAAGCAUGCUGUGCAUACCUUUAAUCCCAGCACUUGGGAGGCAGAGAUGGGUGGUUCUGUUGAGUUCAAGUCCAAUUGGUCUAUAGAGUAAUUUCCAGAACAGCCAGAAUUAUCUAGAGAAACACUCUCUUGAGUCUCCCUCCCAAAGAAAUUGGAAAUAAAAGUAUUAUGACUAGUGAUGCAUCUAUAUAUUCAGUCAGAUUGUUAGCAAGAGAUUUACAGUGUCCUUGAAGCAUGGAAAGGAGUAUGAGUAUCACCUGCACAUAGCUCUUUUGUUUGGUGUGAGAAGUGGGAACUGAAGCAGCGAGCAUUUCUUAUUAUUCUGUGGGGCUCUGGUGUCACCAGAAGCAGCAAGAUGUUGUGUCAGGAGUUUAUUUGUUUAAAAACAACAACAACAAAAAACCCACCCCAAACUAUAUAUUCUGCAAGGGCCCUUGACUUGUGUGGAUUUCUAGCCUGCAUUAAUUCCUAAUGCCCACAUGCUGACCUCUCUGCAUCUGGCCAUGUGAGACCAUAAGCCCAGUAACCAUCAGUUCUCAAGAAAAAGUCAAAUCUACCUGCCCGGCCCUCUGCCAAACCCUGGUGUUAAUCCCACCAAGCAAGAGUAAGGACCGUUACCCAAAUUCUUUGGUCAAAUUAUGCAAGCUUUAUUUUCUGUGAGGCAGAGCUAUCUCUCUAAAGUGGGGGUUUAAAGAAAAUAGCAUUGAACACAGGGAAGGGUUUAUAAAGUUCAAAAACUGCAAGACUACACAGUUUUCCAGGAUUGGGGGAUUUCCAGAGGAAUGUUGGUUACAUAGGAAUUUAGCUGAACAUUUCAAAAAUUAUUUGGUAGAAUAUCUUAUCAGGGUACAUUCAAGGUGUGAGUCAAGCUCCAUAGAGUAGGGAGCAUGUCAGAUUCCAGAAACAGGUUAAAGCACGGUCAAGCAUGAAUUCUGCAGCAAACAAACUUAUUUUUAUGAACGUAUUCUUACCUUACAACAAAAUGGCUUCCAUACUUAAAAUGAAGUUGGGCUGGUUCAUCACUGGCACACACAGUGCAAACUUUGUUUCAGGUAAAUCAUGUGGCAAUGAAGUCAUUAUGAAUAAAAUUUUAGUGUUUGAAAAGUUUCAAA